AUGAAGCUCAACGAACAUCUCCAAAUCAUCGGUACCAAAGUUAUAUUGGUACCUUACGAAAGCAAGCAUGUAGAAAAGUAUCACCAGUGGAUGAAAAGUGAAGAACUGCAGGAACUUACCGCCUCCGAGCCACUAACCCUUGACGAGGAGUAUCAAAUGCAGCGAAGUUGGCGAGAAGAUCAAGAUAAAUGUACUUUCCUCAUUCUCGAUCGCGAACGCUACGAACAAACGAAGGACGAAAUCGAUGCGCUAGUGGGAGAUACGAACAUAUUCAUUCAACCCACCUCGGUAGAUUCUCCCGGAAGGCAAUCGCAGGAUGAUGAGAGAGAAGUUCAUUCCAAGGAACCGCUUCCAAGCGAUUCAUCACAAGUGGGAGAAAUUGAAAUUAUGAUCGCUGAACCCGCGGCCCGACGAAAAGGAUACGGUUGGCAGGCUACGCUGCUAAUGCUGCUGUUCGGUGUUGAGCAUCUGCAUCUUAACCGUUACAUAGCCAUUACGAAAGAUACAAACGCGAAAGCGAUGCAGAUGUUCGAGCGGAUGAAAUUUACCGAAACUAAGCGCACACCUGUUUUCCACGAAGUAACUUUUGGGCGAUCAAUUGACGACGAAUGGACGAAGUGUAUGAAGCGUGAGGCAGGCGCAUAUGCUGUCGUUCCUUAUCCUGAUGGAUAGUACGCUACCCAGCUAUUCUAUUCUAUGUUGUGGAUAUCCAAAGAUGAUUGAAAUCUCUGCAUGCAAAAUUAAGAGCACGAUGUUUUUUUUAGCUUCACAUUUGAAGCUAUUUUUUAUGCUUAUAUUUACGAUUAAACGCUACUCUGCAGGCUUCAUCUACAGCGUCGGCUCCAGAGGCAACCGCA